AUGACGCAGGGGAAGCUCUCUGUGAAUAACAAGCCUGCAAAUUCUGAAGGGCAGCAGGAAAAUGCUGAACGAAAGCACCCCAGUGCCCCAGCAGUACCACCAACCUAUGAAGAGGCAACCUCAGCAGAAGGGAUGAAAGCAGGGGCCUUUCCCUCCCCUCUGAAUGUUCCUCUCCAUCCCACUUGGGCAUACGUGGAUCCCAAUUCCAGUCCUAACUAUGGAAGUGGAUACUCAGGGGAAACUGAGACCUUCACAACUUUCAGCUGGGAUGACCAGAAUGUGCGCAGGGUAUUCAUCAGGAAGGUUUAUAGCAUCCUUUCACUUCAGCUCCUUGUUACAGUCAGCAUUGUGGCUAUUUUCACUUUCUGUAAACCAGUUCAAGGAUAUAUCCAAGCAAAUCCAGCCUGGUACUGGGCUUCCUAUGCCGUUUUCUUUAUCACCUAUUUGAUCCUUGCCUGCUGCUCUGCACCAAGGAGGUAUUUCCCAUGGAACCUGAUCCUCCUCAGCAUCUUUACUCUGUCCAUGGCCUACUUGACAGGAAUGCUCUCCAGCUACUACAAUACCACGUCCGUCCUCCUCUGCUUGGGGAUUACAGCUUUGGUUUGCCUUUCUGUCACCAUAUUUAGCUUCCAGACCAAGUAUGACUUUACGUCUUGCCAGGGGGUGCUCUUUGUGAUGCUGAUGGUGCUGCUUUUUAGUGGGAUCAUACUGGCUAUUACGCUUCCUUUCCAUUAUGUGCCAUGGCUCCAGGCCAUUUAUGCUGUCUUGGGUGCAAUUGUAUUUACAAUGUUCCUGGCCUUUGAUACCCAGCUCCUGAUGGGGAACCGUUCUUACGCCAUGAGUCCAGAGGAAUACAUCUUUGGAGCCCUCAACAUAUACCUGGACAUCAUCUACAUAUUUUCUUUUCUCCUGCAGAUCUUUGGAAGCAGUCGAGACUGAGCUUGGCUGAGCCUCUAGAUCCUGUGUCUGAAAAAAACAGAAAUAUAUUUAGAGAGAGAGAGAAAGAGAGAGAGAGAUUUAUAAUAACACAACAAGCAAGAAAGGAGAGAGGAAAGAGAAGUAACCUCUCUGCCCUUUAGCAAACUUCAUUGCGUCAAGUGAGCAUUUGCUCACCCAAUGGUCUACCUGAGCUCCCUCUGCAGCCUGUGUGUACGUAUGUGUGGGCAUGCGUGCAUGCGUACACGUAUAUGUAUAUUUAUAUACACAUGCUCCUAGGGUAAGCUGGUAUAUAUGCUAGGCUUUCCCUUGUUUCCAUAACUGCUUUCAAUAUGUAUAUUGAAAUUAGUGUAGCAGUAGCGAGAAGAGCACUGAGGAGAAAAAAAGGAAGAAACACUAUUGCUUUUAACUUAGAGCUAAACAAAUGAAGAAAGGAAAUAGUCAGAAUCUUAAGUUUGCUAUAUUCAAAGGGAGCAGAUUGUAAAAACUACAGAAAAUCUAUGUUGAAGUUCAUUUUGUAUGACGUGAAUUGUUCUAAAUGUCAGAGUUCUGGCACAAUCCUACUCUGUAUGUUGUUGUUUCCACUUAUAUCUGCUCCCACAAAGAUUUAGCAGAUUAUAUAUAGUUCUCGAACACUUUUCCAACAAUUGGGAAAGAUUUUCCAAGAGUAAGAUUUUAUCUACUGACGCUUCUUGUUGGUACUCUUCAUUUGGGCUAGCCCAGGGGUAGGCAACCUCGGCUCUUUUAUGACUCAUGGACUUCAACUCCUAGAAUUUCUGAGUCAGCUAUGCUGACUCAGGAAUUCUGGGAGUUGAAGUCCAUGAGUCAUAAAAGAGCCGAGGUUGUCUACCCCUGGGCUAGACAGUUAAGGUACACCAGCUGAAAUAAUUUUACCUGGCCUAUCCAUUUAAUUUUGCAGUUUCUAGUUGAGGUUAUCUUUUUUUUUUAUUUUAAUGAUCAGUUAUUUUGCACAUUUUUGUUUCAACCCUAAUUUCAGGCUAGCCAAAAAGGAAGAGAAAAGUGAGCCUCAUAAAAUAAUCUUUGUGGUUUUGCUUAACAGUGUUGGAGCUGGGUUAUGCUCUGGUCCCAAUCGCUGAUAAAACUACCCUUUCCUUUACUUGCACGUAUAUUUCUGCUAUAUCACGUCUUCCACUUGUCCUUGCUCUACCCCACUUGGGAUAUUGGUGGUAGUGCAGAGGUGAACUUUUCAGGGGCUUAUCAGAGCCCAGAAGAUGACAAAGCAAUUGGCAAAUGGAGAACCAUCAUUGAUUUGAGCACAUACCGUAUUUUUCCAUCUAUAAGACGCACCUGUGGAUAUGAUGCUCUCCACACCAACCAGUUGUUCAGAGAAGGGCCGGACAGCUGAGCCAGCAAAACUGCAAGUUCAGCUGGCAGAAGAUUUUGCCCCCUCCCCUCUCCCGUUAGUGGCAAGCCCACAGGGGCUUGACACUGCACCAGGCGGCAUGGCAACCCAUACAGGCUGCAGAAGUUACCAUUUUUCCGUGUAUGAGAUGCACCUGAUUUUUGAAGAGGGUGUUUGCAGGAAAAAAAUAGUGUCUUAUAUACAGAAAAAUACAGUACUUGUUAUCCCAUAUAUCAUACAUAACAAAAUCUAAAGAGGAUUUCUGAAAAGGAUGUAUUCAUUCUCCGUAAUGAAUCUUUGAUAACUUUGCACUCUCCCAAUAAUCCUUUAGAACAGGGGUGUCAAAUGCCGUCUCGCCGGCUGGUUUCAUCAUACUGGAGCCGCGCCCACCCCAUUGCCGGCAAUGGUGAAAAAGCUCUGAUACGUCGCAUGACGUCACGUGACGUCGCGAGUUUGAUAUGCCUGCUUUAGAAGAUGAAGGGAUGUAGAUGGCAACCUUACUUCUCCUAGAAGACAUUUUUGUAACCCUGAUCACUUCUACCCAUUAAAAAGUAUCUUGCUACUUGUCCUGUG